AAGUGAUGGUUCUUGGCUGAAAGAAAAGAAGAACUUUCCCCACAUCUGCCCAGAUACAGAUGUCUCACAUGCUUCGUCCUCCUAAGACUGCCUGACAGCGGCUUAGUCCUCAAAUGCUAGCUGAUCGACUUCUCAGAUUCCCAGACCCCAUUGCACCCACUGAGUUUGAACUUGCUUUUCCACAAGAUUCCUUAGGGAUCGCAGUGCGCAGUAAAAGUUUGAGAAGGAUUGUGUUUGUCUACAUAGAACCAAAGAAGAGAAGAUAAGGCUGGGUCUUGGAGUGUGCCUUUAAUCCCAGCAUUUGGGAGGUAGUGGCAAGCAGAUCAUUGUUAGUUCCAGGCCAGCCUGGUCUACAUAGGUCAACCAGGGAAUUUGAGAAGAUUUUAUUCAUGUGCAUGUCAUAGAAGAUGAAUUCCUCCUCUUCUACUAUGAAUGAAGAGCCUGAUGCUCUGUCAGUAGUUAACCAGCUACGGGAUUUAGCAGCAGAUCCAUUAAAUAGAAGAGCUAUCGUCCAGGAUCAGGGAUGUCUGCCUGGCCUUAUUUUAUUUAUGGACCAUCCCAACCCCCCUGUUGUUCACUCAGCUUUACUUGCGCUCCGGUACUUGGCUGAGUGUCGUGCAAACAGAGAGAAGAUGAAGGGAGAGCUGGGGAUGAUGUUAAGCUUACAGAAUGUCAUACAGAAGACUACAACUCCAGGAGAAACAAAACUUCUGGCUUCUGAAAUCUAUGACAUCCUUCAAUCCUCCAAUAUGGCUGAUGGUGAUAGUUUUAAUGAAGUGAAUUCACGUCGGAGGAAAGCUCAGUUUUUUCUGGGAACUACAAACAAACGUGCCAAAACAGUAGUUUUGCAGAUAGAUGGCCUUGAUGAUACGGUAAGAUUUACAGAUGUGGUUCGUAAGAUGGCAAGAGAAAUUGUAUCACCACUUUCUUUACAGUUACUUGCUAAGAUUCUCUAAGAAAAAGUUGCAAUA